CCGCAACUAUAUGUGUGUGUGCCAAAUCCGAAGAGCUCUUCCAGCACAAGAUGUCCAAUUCUAAGCACCAUGUUGCAAUCCAAUUUUUAUUUGCCUAUGUAAAUACCAUCACAGCAGGACUUAUUGUUCUUCUUUUAAUUGUUUACAACUAUCUAGUAAGGUGGUUUGCGGUUGCCAAGAAACCUCAACCACCCAAACCCGCCGGUGCAUGGCCCUUACUCGGCCACCUCCCUCUGUUUGCAGGAUGCCAACAACUUCCCCACAUAAUGUUGGGAGACUUAGCUGACAAGUAUGGACCAAUCUUCACCCUUCAUAUUGGUGCACGCCAAGCCUUGGUAGUGAGCUCUUGGGAAGUGGCGAAGGAGUUGUUCACCACCAACGAUAUAGCCUUAGCCGACCGCCCCAGUUUCACUGCGGCAAAGUACCUGAGCUACGAUGGUGCCAUGUUCGGCUUUGCACCAUACGGAGAUUACUGGCGUGAAAUGCGCAAAUUGAUAACCAUGGAGCUACUGUCUAGUCGCCAGCUUGAGUCACUCAAGCACGUUAGAGUGUCUGAAAUUGAGAACUUUUUAAAAGAGCUGCACGUAUGUUGGAUGGAGAAAAGAAUUGGCUCAAAUCAUGUUGUAGUUGACUUGAAACAAAGGUUUAGCGACUUGAAUCUUAAUUUGAUCCUGAGAUUGGUUGUAGGGAAGAGGUACGCCGGAACUGCUGGUGGGGGCGACGGGAAGGAAGCCGAGCGGUGCCAUAAGGCGAUAGAGAGUUUUUUUCACUUAACGGGGGUUUUUGUUUUGAGGGAUGCAAUCCCUUUUCUUGGUUGGCUGGACGUAGGUGGAUAUGAGAAGGUCAUGAAAAGAACUGCUAAAGAACUUGACGAGCUUGUUAGUGAAUGGUUAGAGGAGCAUCGCAGUAAGAGAAAUUCUGAAGAAGUGGCUAAUGAAGAGCAUGACUUCAUGACCCUAAUGCUUUCUGUUCUUGAAGGCUCAGAUCAUGUUGGUUGCGAUUCUGACACCAUCAACAAAUCAACAUGUUUGAAUUUAAUUUUAGGAGCAAGCGAGACGACAACAAUUGUAUUGACAUGGACAAUAUCACUAUUGCUAAACAACAAAAUCACAUUGAAGAAAGCACAAGAGGAAUUAGACAUGAUGGUUGGCAGGGAAAGAAAAGUGAACGAAUCAGAUAUCAGCAAGCUGAUUUAUCUUCAAGCCAUAAUCAAAGAAGCAUUGCGAUUGUGUCCACCAGCACCAUUGUCAGGCCCUCGAGAGAUCAGAGAGAAUUGCACCAUCAGUGGCUACCAUGUAAAAAAAGGCACUUGGUUGUUUACCAAUCUCUGGAAGAUUCAUACAGACCCACGCAUAUGGCCAGAUUCAUUGGAGUUUAAGCCAGAACGUUUCCUCACUAGCCAUAAGCAUAUUGAUGUGAGAGGUCAAAAUUUUGAGCUGAUCCCAUUUGGAAGUGGUAGAAGAGCUUGCCCCGGAACCUCUUUUGGCCUGCAAAUGGUAGCAACAGUAUUGGCUAGCUUUCUUCAAGCUUUUGAGAUUUCAAAUCCUACAAGUGCACCUAUUGACAUGACUGGGAAAUUUGGAAUGACAAAUAUGAAAGCCACCCCACUUGAAGUUCUUCUUUCGCCUCGCCUGUCUCCUGAGUUCUACAACUGGUGAGGGAAAUUAAAUGUAAAAUAUAUCAGUAGGUGUAUGUGGAAAAAUGUUUACAGGAAUCUACACUCAGCCAAUUGGGUGGGCCUACCAUGAUUUUAGAUAUAUGGCAUUUUGGUGUACACACCGAUUAUAAGUAAGACUCGCUUGUGUGCGUGUAUGAAGCAGUCUAUGUAGGGGUAAGCACUCAUUUGAGCGAAUUCUCAUGUAUGGUAUAUCUUAUCCAAUAAACUUAAUUUAGUUAUUUUUAGAACA